AUGUAUCAUCACAGCUCUAGCUCUUCAUCCCUUACCUCGAGUCAGAGUUUUACGAGGAGUCGGGUGCAAGUUGUUUGUAGAUUUAGACCAACUUUGGAGAUGGAAGCAGGAGGAAGACAUUGUAUGGAAAUUAAUGAUCACGAGACAGUGACUCUGCCCUCUAAGGGUAUUACUUUUACUUUUGAUGAAGUAUUUGGAAUUACAGCAAGUCAAUCUAGUGUAUUUGAAUCGGUCGGAAAACCUCUCAUUGAAGAUAUUAUCAAGGGAUACAAUUGUACGAUUUUUGCUUAUGGUCAAACUAGUUCCGGUAAAACAUACACCAUGAUGAAUUUGCCGAAGAAGAACAAACUUGAUGAGAGAGGUAUCGCUCCAAGAAUGGUAUGUGGUUUGUUUGAGGCAAUAGAUCAGUCACCAGACCAUGUAGAGUUCACAGUCAAAGUAUCAUUCUUUGAGGUUUACAUGGAAAAAUUGUAUGAUUUAUUCGAACCUUCAAAACAAAAUUUAAAUGUAAAGGAAGACACUAACGAAAAGAACUUUUAUGUGGAAGAUCUCUCAGAGUUGUACGUGUCUAGCGAGGAGGAAGUAUUGAGAUUGAUGAAAAUUGGUAAUAAGAAUAAGAAAAUUUCCUCAACUAAAAUGAAUAGAGACAGUAGUAGAAGUCACACCAUCUUCUCAAUAACUGUCACACAACAUGACACUAGAAAAGGUCAGAAAAUAGUUUCCAAAUUGUAUAUUGUAGAUCUUGCGGGAAGUGAAAAAGUUUCCAAGACUGAAGCCACAGGGUUGAGAUUAGAGGAAGCCAAGACAAUCAAUAAGAGUCUUGCCACUCUAGCUAAGGUUAUUAACGCCUUAACUGAGAAGAAUAGCACCCACGUACCUUACAGAGAAAGUAAACUAACUAAACUUUUACAAGAUGCCCUUGGAGGAAAUGCAAGAACCACACUCAUGGUCAAUUGCUCACCGAGUACAAUUAACGAGGAAGAAACAAUUUCAUCCCUAAGAUUUGGUCACAGUGCUAAAAAUAUUAAAAACAAACCAAAAGUCAAUUUGGAAACUAGUGACUCUGAAUAUAGAAAGCAACUAGCAGUUGCCAAGCAAGAAAUUAACGACUUGAGAGCACAAAACUUGUCUUUGGAAUCGGAAUUGUCUGCAUUUAAAGCUUCCAAAAAUAAUAAUGAAAAGCUCAGCUAUGCAAACUCUUUACUGUUAAAGCAAGUUCAACAAAAGGAUAAACUGAUACAAGACAAGGAAAAUGAAAUUCAGAGAUUGAGACUUGAAGUGGAAAUUUUGAAAGGAAGAGAAAACCAGCUGAAUAUUACAAUGGGAGAAAAAACUUCCUCUCUCAUUUCAGAACUGGUUGAAUAUAAGAGACAAUGCACGGAACUACAAAAUAAUAAUGAACACCUCAAGUUGAAGCUCUCCACUCAGGUAGCUAGUAAUGAAAAUACUGAGGAUGAACUCUUGCAAGACCAUGGACAGUACUCUAGUGCAGUGACAACAGUAAUUGACGAGCUGAUGAAAAUUAAAAAAGAUAGAUCGGAAAUUAAGGGAAUAGUGGAGACUGCAUCUAAUGAAAUUAGAGACUAUAUGGACCAACUCAUUACAAAUCCUACAUCCACAGAGCAACCAAAACAAUCUCAAGCAGCCGAUACUGUUUCAUCUAGUGAGUCUCUUUCUAAUAUUUCAGAGAAGGAUGUUAGUGAGUUGGAAAUGAAUUUCACCACUCAAGAGUUGAAAGAUUAUGUACAAAUGUUGGAAAACCAAAGUAAGAUGAUUAAGGAUGAGUUGGAUGUUUUCCUAACAAACAACAAGGAGGUUAAAUUUGAGGAGGGUAGUAUUUUGAAUCAACUCUCACAAAAUCAAACUGUUAAAGGAAUAGGACAAAAAACAGGAGGAAAGCUUGUCGUUCCAAUCAAGGGAGGGUUCAAGAAACAUCAACAAAAUCUUAAUGACUCUCUGGAUGAAGAGGAAGAAGAGGAUAGUCUCACCAACGAAAUGAUCAAGUGUGGAAAUGUACUUGUCAUGACCAGAAGUGAGAAAGCAAGCAAGGAUGUUUGGAAAAAACGUUGGAUAGUGUUGGGAAGUAUGGAUCCUCACUUGAAAGUGUACAAGACAAUCAAAUCUAUCAACCCAGAAGAAAUUAAAUUUACAGCCAAAUCAAAUGUUAAGAAAUCAGACACGGAACUGAGCUUUACAAUCACACAGACCAGCCGUGGAGAUUUGGUAAUGAAGACACAAACUGAAACUGAACAAUUAGAGUGGAUACUGGUUUGUGAAGAAGUUAUUCAUUCCCUAAUUGAAACAACGAAAUAA